UUAAACUGAGGGGGACCAAAAGCAUACCCAACAGUAUGCGGUGCAGUUAUGGCAGGCAAGGGUAACACCGCCGCGAGGACGCUGGAGGAUCUAACGCUCGACUCCGGUUAUGGUGGAGCCGCGGACUCGGUCCGCUCGUCUAGCGUGUCGCUGUGCUGCUCCGACGCGCACCAGUCCUCCUUCGCGCAUGGGGGCAACUGCUGGCAUCUGACGGAGUCCAUGCACAGCAGACACAACAGUUUGGAUACGGUCAACACCGUCCUGGCGGAGGACGCGGAGAGCCUGGAUCAGUGCGCGGGCCAGUGCGCCAAGCUGCCCGAGCUGGAGGACGCGCCGUGGAGCCUCGGCGAGGUGGAGGGCGCCCUGAGGAAGGACGGGGAGCUGAAUGUGGGGGGCACUGGCAGCAACCCUCCUCCUCCGCCUCCUCCGGAGGUGCUGGCGAGGCUGUCCGCGCUGCUCAGCCGCGCGCUGGUGCGGGUGGCCCGGGAGGCGCAGCGGCUCAGCCUGCGCUACGGCCGCUGCUCCAAGCACGAGGUGCAGAGCGCCGUGCGCCUGGUGCUGUCCUGGACCGUGUCCGUCAACUGCAUCGCGGCGGCGCUCGGCGCGCUCUCCCUCUACAACAUGAGCACCGGCGACAAGUUCAGCAGCCGCGGCAAGUCGGCGCGCUGCGGGCUCGUGUUCUCCGUGGGCAAGUUCUUCAGGUGGAUGGCGGACAGCCGGGUGGCCGUCCGGGUGCACGAGCACGCCGCCAUCUACCUGACCGCCUGCAUGGAGAGCCUGGCGCGGGAGGUGUUCGGCCGCGUGCUGCGCAGCGCGCUGCUGGAGCGGGACGACGGCGUGCCCAAGUUCACGCUGGAGACCGUGGAGCAGGCGAUCAACAACGACUCGGAGAUCUGGGGGCUCCUGCAGCCGCACCAGCACCUCAUCUGUGGCAAGAAUUCAAGCGGUGUGCUGAGCCUGCCGGAGAGCCUGAACCUGCACCGGGACCAGCAGCGCUCGGGGAGGGGCAGCGAAGGUCACGGCUACACCCAAGCAGAGCUCCGGACGCUGGAGCAGUCGCUGCUCGCCACCCGGGUGGGCAGCAUCGCCGAGCUGAGUGAUUUGGUGUCCCGGGCCAUGCAUCACCUGCAGCCUCUGCAUAUUAAGAACCCCAGCAACGGCACUCCGGUGCAUCAGAAGACCAACACCAUGGUGCACUGGGAGCCCGAGGCCCUCUACACCCUGUGUUACUUCAUGCACUGCCCGCAGAUGGAAUGGGAGAACCCCAACGUUGAACCCUCCAAAGUCACCUUACAAACUGAGAGGCCGUUCCUCGUGCUGCCUCCGUUGAUGGAGUGGAUCCGGGUAGCGGUCGCCCACACUGAACAUCGAAGGAGCUUCUCUGUGGACAGCGAUGACGUGCGACAGGCUGCAAGGCUGCUGCUUCCCGGUGUGGACUGUGAACCACGACAAAUAAAGGCGGAGGAUUGUUUCUGUGCGACCAGAAAGCUUGAUGCAGCCUCUACGGAGGCCAAGUUCCUGCAGGAUCUGGGCUUCAGGAUGCUGAACUGCGGACGGACGGACCUGGUCAAGCAGGCCGUAAACCUGCUGGGACCCGAUGGCAUUAACAGCAUGAGCGAACAGGGAAUGACCCCUCUCAUGUACGCUUGUGUCCGGGGCGAUGAGGCGAUGGUCCAGAUGCUGCUUGACGCAGGAGCCGACAUCAACAGCGAGGUGCCAAGCACAGUAAACAAGCACCCCUCAGUUUAUCCUGAAUCGCGCCAGGGGACACCUCUCACUUUCGCAGUGUUACACGGACACGUCCCUGUCGUGCAGUUGUUGCUGGAUAACAGAGCGAACGUGGAGGGCGCCCUGCAGGAUGGGGCGGAGAACUACACGGAGACGCCGCUUCAGCUCGCCGCUGCUGCAGGUAACUUUGAGCUUGUGAGCUUGCUUCUGGAGAGAGGCGCGGACCCAAUGGUUGGGACCAUGUGUCGAAACGGCAUCUCCUCCGCUCCCCUGGGAGACAUGAACUCGUACAGCCUGGCAGCAGCACACGGCCACAGGAAUGUAUUUCGGAAGCUUCUGUCCCACUCGGACAAAGAGAAGGGGGACGUGCUGUCCCUGGAGGAGAUCCUGGCCGAGGGCUCGGAGCCUGGAGAGAGGAGGUUGGCCCCCCAGGCCAACUGUGGAGGGACGCUGCGAACAGGAAAGGCCAGACUGAGGGCCUUGAGAGAGGCCAUGUACCAUAGCGCAGAGCAUGGCCAUGUGGACAUCACCAUAGACAUCCGCAGCUUAGGCGUUCCCUGGACGUUGCACACCUGGCUGGAGUCCCUGAAGACCUGCUUCCUCCAGAACCGCCGGCCUCUGAUCCAAGGGCUGCUCAAAGACUUCAGCUGCAUCCAGGAGGAGGAGUACACAGAGGAGCUCAUCACGCACGGCCUGCCGCUGAUGUUCCAGAUCCUCCGGGCCAGCAAGAAUGAGGUGAUAAGCCAGCAGCUGUCCGUCAUUUUCACACAGUGUUACGGGCCCUUCCCCAUCCCGAAGCUGAUCGAGCUCAAGAAGAAACAGAGCUCACGUUUGGUUUUAAUGACAACAGAAGCUUCCAGGCAGAGAUCACCAAGAAACGAUCCGCACUUCCUGAACAACAAGGACAUGUCGGACGUCACCUUCCUGGUGGAAGGAAAACCAUUUUAUGCACAUAAGGUUUUGCUGUUUACAGCUUCAGCCAGGUUCAAGUCACUGCUCCAAAACAGACCGGCAGCAGAAAACACCUGUAUUGAGAUCAGCCAUGUGAAGUACAAUAUUUUCCAUCUGGUCAUGCAGUAUCUUUACUGUGGAGGCACCGAUACCUUGCACAUACGCAACACUGAAGUCAUGGAGCUCCUGUCUGCAGCCAAAUUCUUCCAACUAGAGGCCCUUCAGAGACACUGUGAGAUCAUCUGCUCCAAGAACAUCACCACCGAAACCUGUGUGGACCUUUACAAGCACGCCAAAUUCCUUGGUGCCUCAGAGCUUACAGCUUUCAUCGAAGGCUACUUCCUGAAGAACAUGGUGCUGCUGGUCGAGCUCGAAGGCUUCAAGCAGCUCCUGUACGAACCCCCGGCCCCCGAGAGCCCCGCGUCCAGCCCCGGGAUCUGUUCCGACAUCCUCCACGACCUGGAGAAGACUCUGGCCACCCGCAUCCACUCCAUCCACCUCUCCACCUCCAAGGGCUCUGUGGUGUGACCCCCGUCCCCUCCGGAGACCUCUCCCGGUACUCCGGUCUGGCCGCAGCAUCUAUGUAACAGCCCUGUUAGCGUACAGUGUCCUGCUACACCACUUCCCCGGUUCCAUCUCUCCUGUUUUCACGCCACCGUUCCCUUUAAAUCUGCCGGUCGCAGUUCCCCGAGGAUUAACGUUGGCACUUGUGAGAAAACUUCUUCUCCUCUCCCGAUGGCUCCUAACCUUUCUCUUCAUACGCCCCCAACAGUGAGGGAAAAAAAAAAAAAACACACCUGCCUUGACCAAACAGUAUCACUUAGACCUAAGCUUGAUUCUGAAACUUUCUAUUGUAUUUCAUAUAAAGAAGAAAAUCAACGUGCAUGAAAUACAUACUUUACACUUUUUUCACUCAGUUAGAGUAGAAUUUUAACUCAAUAAAUGCAGCUUUCUCAUCAUCUCGGAGACUUGGGUUUACAGACGCUUUCUGGAAGUGGAUGCCAUUGCAGCAGAGGGUUUGACACAUGGCCUGAAUAUAAUCCUGCUAUACAACCAAUAAAAGUGAUUCGUAGCAAUGCCAGCAGGCAGACUUUUAGGCGGACUUGUGUUACAUCUGUGUCGGACCCCGUAUAUCUACUGUUACUGUUGCGUGCAGAGGCCAGCCUGGUCGCAGGGACUUCCACCGUGGCUGGCGCGCCGACGCCGCUCCAACAUGACACAGCCCACUCAGUGAAAUCUAUGCUGACUUGGAACACGGACGUCCAAGUGGGAAAUUAACUUGUAAUAACUCUUUUUUUUUUUUUUCUUUUUUUUUUUCAUUUCGUUUUGCAUGACACCUCCUCAAGUGAGCUGCCCCGAUAUUGCUUUUUAUGCAGAGCUUACUUUACGGACUACUUUCGUGAGAGGAAGUGAGAGAAAUCGCUGCUUAUUAACUUUCUAUCCACUGCGAAUCGGAGCGGGAUUUGGACGUGGGAUUCACUUGGCAGGGUCCUUUUAUCUAAAAAGAUAUUUAAGCAAAGUGUGUGUGUGUGUGUAUAUAUGUUCUGAAAGUCAUUGUGCUGGUGGUUCCUUUUUUGCGAACUGAUGUACAAUAUUCUCCCACACUGGCUCGGCGGAGGACACCAGUCUCACUGAAUGUGCUCCCUGCUGUUUGUCUUGUUUAUGCAAAGUUGCAUGUUUAAUCCAUUCGUAUGACCUCUGUGUUUUUUGCUUUAGGUGUGCUUUUUUGUAUAGACCAUAGGGCUGAAUAGUUUGUCAAUUUUUUUUGUUCCAGUUGAAGUCCAACAGAAGGGUUUUUCCUUAAUUGAGGCUCUCUGAUAUAUUCCCGAUAAACAUCGACGCGUCUCUCUGUUUCGAGCUUUUACACUUGCACGAUGUCAGCACUGAGUUUACUACGGACACAACUGCCCCGGGUCAUCUCUGAAUACUUAAUCCGAGUCAUGGGUCGUCCCAAUUACACCUGAUCUUAAAAGGCCUCCUUAUUAUUUAGUUUGCACCAGUGACCUGAUGCAAAAACUAAACUACGUGAUAACAAACAAGGCACCUCCUAAGAGAAUAAAAUCAAUUGUGAUUCACAGUCACAACAGAUUCUGCUGCUGUAGUUAGGAAGUCGGCAGAUCUCUGAAGUAAUUUGCUUUAUAUUCCGUGAUAUUUAAACCUUUCUAAGAUCAGCUCACAAAAGGAGUGUUUACCAGUUUGAAACAUGUGAAAUGUCCAUAUUUAGCGGCUGGUCCACUUUCUAGUAAAAUACUGUUUCCAACUUCUGUUUAAGUUGAAGAAGUUUUGAAAUGUGUCUUGGCCUUUUACUUAAUUGCAAACAUUAGGAAUCUGGACUGUUUGAUGUUUUGUAAACAAAGUUUCAUUUGUUAAUUUACAUUUUGCGUUUCUGUGGGAAGCCCAGUCCCGGAUGCCUCCGAGUCCAGGGAUGUCAGUGACACUUCUAAAGGGUUAUCACCAUUUCUGAAAGUAACUGCAGCUUAGUGCUCGACAAAGGUUCCCCAAAGUAAUCUCUUCUAUUGAUGAUCCGGUCAACAUUUGGGCAUAGGGUCCAUCUCGGAUAUAAGCGGGCUGAAAAAGAGGGGUCCCAUAUUGGAUUGUGGGUGGGUUCCAUGCCCCUUCUGGGUCCCGGUGUGGCCAACCACACAAACACAUGACAACUCACAUGGAAUCAGAUUGGAACCAGCAGACAAUCCCCUGUUAUUGAGCCCAGAAAGGGGCUCCAAACACAAAUGUUGGCCGGGGAAUGACAGUGAUGCAGUACGAGCCCAGGGGUUGUAGACUUCCUCCAGAGUCCUUGAAUCCAUUUUAUUAUUAAGCACUGUAAGGAACAUCGUUUUUGAACAUUUGGACUCAGUCUUUCCCAAUCACCUGCUGAGGUAACCAGAUUGCAAUAACAUAAUUAAUUGAAUCAAUGUUUUCUAGUUUUGUUAUGGUCCAUAGUGAUGGUGCAGUCACUGGUCCCCAUCUGUAAGAAAUGGUCAAAGUACAGAGCUAAAAUUUCUAUUACGGGUUCUGAUAACAGGAAGUUGAACCUCAGGUUGUUGGAGAUAAACGUCUGGAGCUUUAUUUAACUCAUUUGUUAGCCUGGUCAGCCAUACAAAAAUUAUUUAUCAUGAAGGUAAUUCGGUGCCUAUCCCUUUCAUUUCAACUCCACCGGUACAAAAUGUACCAAACCAAGGUUUUGUGCCAUGACUCACAUAGGAAUGUUCAAGAGCCACUAUUUAAAACAACAGAGAUGGCCAUUAAAUUGUGAAUAACACCCUGCAUUAACAAAUUUUACUGGCAAAAUCAGCACUUCCUAUUGCAUGUUACGUCAAUUCGGAUGUCUGUCGUUGACACUAGGGUGUUUGCCUACGUCAUAUUCUGUGUCACUCUGAUUGGCUGUAUACCUUUACAACAAUGUAGAAGCAAUUUCUUCUUUGUUGGUACUGCCCUCUAGAGCAAUUCAUAGGUACAAGUACCAAUUCUUUGUACCAAAGAGGUGAAGAAUCUGCAUGAAUGGCCAGCCCCCCCCAACACCCCAACUUAAAAGAGCACAGUUUCCUACAGAAACAAAGAAAGAUGAUGUGUUUUUAUCACUCAUUGAUGUGGUAAAGUGUUUGGAAUUUGGGGUUUUGGAUCCACUUUUUGAUUGGUUGUUACGCCCUGCAGCUUUUCUUCAAGUGGUUUUCACUCCACUUUGUUAAUUAUGAUGCUUGGAAAAAUGAUCCAUUAUGUCUCAGUGCUGACACUGUGCCGUAAUUUACUCCGUAAUUCUAGGCGAUUUGCAUAUUUCCACAUACCUGUAGGCGUAGUCCUCAUCAAAGAAUAUAUAUCAAGUCUGAAAGUGCUCGAUGCUCAACUCCUCCUCUAAUACUGAAGCAGCUGAGAGCCCUCGACCUUGUUAUUUAAAUUAUACACACUUGCUCUGAGAGUCUGGAAGUUUCAUGCAGUUCAGGAAUAUUUCCUUAAAAACCAUCUGACUUGACGACGACUCCCUUCCCAGGGAGGAAAUCGGCGUAUCUCAUGAAUGUAACAAUGCAGUAAUAGUUGAAUAUUUGGAAAAUGUGCAAUUUCUCCAACUCAGCGACAAACCAAAAAAAGAAUGGCUUACAAUGCAAGUGUCUCUAAACUCACUUUGAAUAUGUUGUAGCACUCUCAAAAUGACUUAAAUAAUAGUUUUGGGCCCAAUAACUAGUUUUAAGAGAAACUUAAAAGGCUAUAUAAGUUAAAUUCUGUAAAUAGCUACAGAAAAUAAAGUAUACAUAUUCUCCUACAACUUUAUUUUCUUAUCCACAUGCAUAGCACUAUAUAUUUUAUUUGACGUUCCAGUUAUUUUGUUUUACAAAAGUGAAAAGAGUCUAUAAAAAGAAAAUAUGCUUUAGUUUUGUUUUUUUUCAAUUAAGCAAUAUUUCUAUUCUAUUCUACUUUGAGUAGUACAAAGAUUAAUAUGCCACAGGAGCUGCAGUAUAAAUGUGAACUGAAAGAUGCAUAACUUAUAUAAAUGAGUGAAUGAAAAAAGGCUAAAUAUAUUACUUUUGUUUAGAUUUUUGUGACACCUGCCCCACCGUGUAUUUCUGUUGACCUUACCCUGAAUGCUUUUAAAAAGGCUUUUAAUGUAUGUUCAUAACAUAUACCAGGACCAUCAUACAUCAUUUUAAUUGAAAACUGCUAAUUAAAUGUGAAAUGUAACUCAACGAUGCAAAUCAUUUAGUCUCCACAGAGGUGAACGGUUCAUGAUGAUGUCAAGCACUUCUUGUGCCAGUGUUACUGUAGCCUCAAACACAAUCAAAGUAUUUUACCAGUGAGUUUAAGUUCAAGUCUUAUUGUGAUCCAACAGCAACUGAAUACAAUAAAAUAUGAUAAUAAACUCAAA